GAUUGAUUCCCUACCACCAAGCCGGCCCCCUUCUCAGUCUCACCUCCCAUUUUCAAUCCUUUUGCUUCUAUAUAUCACACACUCUCUUAUGAUCAACGCACGUACACUUUGGUUAUAUAUAUAAUCACACAAAUCUCUUAUGUCAGAACUCAGAAGCUAAUCAUUUUGUCCAAAUAUAUUCAUGUCCUCUCUCUCACAAAACCCUAAAAAAACCCUCUCCUUCUCCUCAACAAUGAAGAACCCUAAUUAUAAUCCCCUGAAGAAGCGGCUCGCCUCCCGGUUUCUGAAAGCCAUGGGGAGACUCAAGUGCAAGAUGUCUCCUUUUCCAGCAACAAUAGAGGAGAAGAGAAGGAGGCACCGGGCAGUGAGAGGCGCGGCCUAUGCAUCCAUGGCUUCUGCAGUGGGGCCGCGGAGGGCGUGGAGCCGGGCCCUGCUGAGGAAGAUGAAAGGGAGAAAGAGGGCGAGGCGAAACCCUAGAAAUGUGGAUGAGAGGUUUGGGUUGAACUUGAACCAACUAUGCGACGUCGUGCCAGGUGGGGAAGGCAUGGAUUCUCGCAGCUUGUUGAAUGAAACGGCUCACUAUAUAAAGUGCCUUGUAGCUCAGGUGCAGAUCAUGAGAGAGAUUCUUCAUUCUUCCUCUUCUUCUUCAACAACGUUGUAAGAUAAGAGCGUUAUAUUGAUAUAUAUGUGGCUAUAACAUGUACUAUAAGGUUAAUUAAUUAGUGCUAUUAUUAUUUAUAUGAGGUAGUGAUAAAAUGCAAACUCUAUAGUAUAU